AUGGUGCCCGCCCGCCCGCCGCCGCGUCCAGCCCGCUGCUCGCCUCCUCUCCUCCCCUGCAGGGGGCUCCGCGCUCCAGCGGGCUCCCGGGGGCGGGGGCGGCGGCGGCGCUCCCGGGACGCGCCCGGCGCGGCUCCUCCCCCGCGCUCCCGCACUCCCUCGCCCACCUCCGGCGGGUCCGGAGCGGCGCGCGGCGCCGAGGGCAGCGGAGACACGGGCGCGGGCAGACUGGCCUGUCCCGCCCCGCCCGGGUCACCUGCCUCUAAAGCCCGCCGGGAGGCCCCGCCCCCGCCCCGCCCCCGCCCCGCCCCCUCGCGCCGGGGCUCGACCCGGGGCGGGAAAGCUUUGCGGCGAGUCCUCCUGGAGUUCUCUGCGGGCGCCUGCGGGGCCGGGGCUCCCUUGCCUCUAACAGACUUAGCUUACGGACCCUUCCUUGCUUGCUUCCAGAGCCCCUGGCAGGUCUCCCUGCAGCCGAAAGUCCUUAGCGUCCGGCGCUUGUUCAAAAGAACUGCUCGAGGAACCCUUCUUAGCCGUGGCACCUGUGUCCGCUCGGCGCUGCGCUCAGACCAGACCAAGAAACUGAGGUUUAGACAAGUAAAUUGUGACAUAAGGUCACGCACCUUCCAACUUAGAGUUUCUGACUCCAAAGCCUAUGCUGCCAUCGACUGCAGACCCCAAGUGAAGCCCAGCAGAGAGGGUCUUGAGAACCACCAGAAGGUGCAGUGCAAGGAGCUGGCGAGGCAGGGAAGGAGAAUCACAGGACCUCAAAGGGUGCUGCAAUGGACCUUGAUGAGGGUGUCGUUUUGCUUCCUUCUUUUUCAGACGAGAAACAGGCCAAGAAAGGCUUAGGGUGCCUUAAGCUGAAUGAGAGAAAGAGAGAGAAACAGGCCAAGAAAGGCUUCGGGUACCUUAAGCUGAAUGGGAGAAAGCUAGAGGGCUGCGGAACCCUGGCGGGGCAAGGGCGGGAGGCUGCACUGGGCAUAGACGUGUGACCCUCUGGGCUCCCGGCUGGGCCUAGUGAUGGAUGUGCCUGCUGAUAUCGAACCCUCGGAGCAGGUGCCGGUGAGGUUAGCUCUCCAAGCCGGAAAGCCUCUGCGGAGCGAGCUCCUAACCACUAAGAGCCGGAGGACGGAUGAUCACGAGGCUGAGUUGGAAACAGGAUCCUCAGUUUCCCUGAGAUUGUUCAGGGUGUUUGGACCUCGCAGCUUCUGCAAUCGGCCUCCUCCCGUCUCUCCUGGCAACAGAAAGCGCAGGGUGUGAGACUCAUCCUCCAAGAAGUUUGCACAGAAAACCUGGUGUGACGCGCCCAGGCCUCACUUCACUUCCAGAAAGCAAACUGAGUCUCAGAAAAGGUGGGGUUUGCAGCCCAUCUAUAUUCCUCCGCCAGGAUCGCUUUGGAGCCGCCUGCUGCUGCCUUUUGCGUGGCGCCCCCCCACCCAGGCCCCUGCCCGCGCCCUGCUUGCCCUCCAGCUGCGCUGGACUCUCGGCAGGAAACUCCCUUGGAGCCAGGGUGCGUGCUCUGUUGCUCUCUAAUUUUGUUUCAGAGCAAGUUUUCCAAUAUAAAUUACACCCUCAAUUACUUCUCUCUUCCUAGAGCAGUGAAUCAUGUCCCGAGAGGUGAGGGUGGGGACAGCCGGAGACAGGGCCGGGAGGUUGAGCCAGUGCCGGCUUGUCGCCCUGGUCCCCUGCUCACCGCCUGCAGUGGCCCAAGUGCGGCCCGCGCCCAGGUCACCAGCCACGGGAGUGCCCUCAGGGCCGCUCCUGCUUCACCCUGGGCUCUGUGCCCCUGUGUGACAGGGAGGCCUGCCCUUCGCCAGGUUGGCUUGGUAUUUGACAGGGGUGGUAGAUGGCAUGAGGGCCUCCAGGCUUCAUCCCUUCCUCUGUCGCUGUCCUCUGCCAUGUGGCCCUGCAGCUCUUCCCAUCAAGAGAUGGGUACGGGGGUCCCUGGGUGGCGCAGCGGUUUGGCGCCUGCCUUUGGCCCAUGGCGCGAUCCUGGGGACCCGGGAUCGAGUCCCGCAUCGGGCUCCCGGUGCAUGGAGCCUGUUUCUCCCUCUGCCUGUGUCUCUGCCUCUCUCUCUCUCUCUGUGUGACUAUCAUAAAAAAAAAAAGAAAAAAGAGAUGGGUACGUUCUCUGACCCACCAGGCUCUGCCCAUGACACCUGCUUUGGCCAAUAGGAUGCUAGCAGGUGGGAUACAAACCGAGGCUUGAAAGCAAGCCUAUAUGAUUGGGCUGGCCCUCUUGCAUCUCUGCUAUUUCCUUGAGAAGAGCCUGCCUGGGCUAGGCCGCUGGUCCCAGGAGGGAGAUGAGAGAUAUGUGGGGCAGAGCUGCCCCAAGGAAGCUGCCCCAGCCCCAGCCCCGCCCUGCCUGGAACAGGGCUGUCCAGCUGCACCCCUCCCCCAGCCUGAUGCUUGAAGAAACGCAGCCAAGAUCAGCAGCUCUGCCUACCGAACCUUCCCAGGAACUGCAGAUGCAGGAGCUGGAGUAGGAAGUGAUUGUUAUUUUAAGCCUCUGAAUUUUGAGAUGGUUGGUACCCAGCAGUGGCAAUGAGCCCAUGCCCUCUGAGACUAUUGCGGUGAUUGUAUGAGAAACAAAAGCACUUUGCAAAUGUGAAGCCAUGGAGGGUGGGCAGAGGGGAGCGGUGGGCUGUGGAACAAGCUCUGGACCCGGAACCUGAAGACCAGAGUUAACAUUCACUCCACUCCCCCAAUUCACUCUGUAAACUUGGGCAGAUCAUUUAACUUUUCUGGGUCUUAUCAUAAAUUACAGAGGUGGUUUGCAGAUGCAAAACCAUGAGAGCUUGAGAAGAUGUUGGAAACCUAGUAUAGGCCCUAGAACUUCUUUGGUAGGGAACUAAGAGAGGGGUGGGGAAGGUGGGAGAAUGUCCCCCACCCAAAUAAAAGGGACAGAUUCAUUGAGAUGGGAAUUGGAUGAUUUUGAAGAAUAUGUUUGGUCUAAAAGCUGGGAGGUAGACUUGGAGCCCAGAUAACAAGUCUCAUUUCCCCAGAGACCAAAGACACUGUCCUAGGAGCAUGGGAUAUAUAAAUAUUCUUGAAAAUGGGUUACAGGGAAUCCCUGGGUGGCGCAGCGGUUUAGCGCCUGCCUUUGGCCCAGGACACGAUCCUGGAGACCCGGGAUCGAGUCCCACGUCGG